AACUUAAAACGCUUUAAGUUUAUAUACACAUUUUUAUCAUGCGUAUUAAAGAUUGAAAUGGUUAUGUUUAAUUUUGGAAUAUACUUCCUUCUUUAGAACAGGAAGUUUAAACAGUAAAAUUCUCCGUACGUGAUGAAGCAGGUAUGUCUUCAAACAGUUUCAGUAAUGAUCUUUUAAACGUACCUGAUGAUUUACAAUCUACACGUGGUUCAGACAGCAUAUCAUCAUCAUCACCUCAAAGUCACGUGCAUCAGUCCCCAUUUAUGAUGCAAGGGGAAACUGAACCAGAAACAAUUCAUGGUGACAUAGAUACACCAAGUAUCGAUAAGCUGGGUCAAUUAACAGAUGCAGUGUCAAACUUAAGGCCUAUUUUGGAUGCGUUCAGGCAUGAACAAAUGCUUAAAGACGAAAAGCUGAAACAGCUAACACAGGAGAACAAUAAUCUUAAAGAACAUAUUGGAACAUUGGAAGGUUUUGCACAUCUGUCCCCGGAAAACACGAGAGAUCAAUACAAUAAAAAUUUGCAGAGUAACUUACACAGAACAGAAUGUUUGUUACAGGAAGAAAAGUCAAAAGUACAAAAGUUGUCCAAAGACAUUGAUGAAUUGCAGGCACAACUAGCGAAAUCUAAAACAAAAGAAAUUAAUUUGACUUCUGAAAACCAAAAGUUGGAAGCUAUUGUCGCCGACAAAGACGAUUUAUUAAAAAGGAAUGAAUCUUCAAUCAACGAUUUGUACGCGGAAAACACUAAUCUAAAUUUAAGAAUUGAAAAACUGGUCACUGAAAGGGACAAUUUAAAGAUGAUUGUAGAUCGAUUUAAAAACGAACUGCGGGAAAAAGAUAGUAAUGAAAAACGCAUUUUGGAAGAGAAUGAAAGUCUAACACUUCAAAAUGUCGAGCUAGAAAAGAUGAUCGAAAAGGUUAAACAGGAAAAGAGAAAAUUUGAAGAUGAGGUUACCGAAACAAAAAAACGUUUAAGUAAAGUGAUGGGCAACAAACUGACCGCAAAUAAUCCUGGUAUAGCAGACCUUAGUGAUCAAAAUAGACCGACGAAACUAGCCGAGAAAUAUUCAGAGUUGUAUGACAAUGAAUGGACUGAUGCCUAUGAGGUUUUUGAAAAAUCUUCUCCUAACGAAAAAGAUGCGAUUAAAACUCUCCUUAAUCUGUUACAGAGUAUACAGAGAUUUUGUAGCGAAAUGGCUAUAUCACAGCUAGAGAAUAUCAGCACUGCACUCACGAUGAAAUAUGAUCAGACGAAAUCACAGACCGAAUAUUUCAGACAACAAAUAAAGGACUUCAGAAAAGCUACAUCAGUGGAAGCCAUAGAAGGGGUAAUUUUGCAUUACGUGAAUCAUCUAGAAAGUAAUGACACCGUAACAUUGAAGCUAGUGAAUCAACCAAAUGUGAAACCAUUUAUGCAUAAAUGUGUGGAGCUAUGUUGGCUAAUGGCGGUCCAAGAUCCUCCAUUGGAAUUUGCACAGCUGAAGGAACAGUGGGGUAAUAAAAGAUUUGACACAUCAAUAUACAAGCCGUACACUCAGACUGGCGCAUUUGUCGACUUUGUUGUUUGGCCACCUCUGUACCUGCACAAAGACGGUCAAUUACUUGCUAAAGGAGUAGCGCAGGCAUGUGGACAGCUAUCAUCAAAAGAUCCCGUUAGCAAAAAUGUUUCGAAUGCAACUGCUGUUCCAGGUACAGCUGUGCCUGUUCAGGGAACUUGCAAUAAUGACAAAUCGAGAAGCUUUCAUGGCAGAUCCUCAAAAAACACCGCGGCUAACUUCAGCAUGACGGUAUCGGGAGCUAGCGGAUUCUAUGACAACAACUUCUCGACAAUACAACAAGACGAUGACGAGAAAGCAUGUGAAUAAACCGGGCAGAUAUUAUUCAAGAUAUCAAUGUCUUUUUGACUGAGACUGACCAGUGAUUUUUUUUCACUACUGUAUUUUACAGCCGAAUAAUGGCUGUUUCCCCUAGCCCAAAAUAGGUAAAAUUUCCCCUUAAAAUGCUCAUAUUUUCCCCUAAAAUGCCUCGUGUUCUUCCUAGCCAGAAUUAUGACUUAACAGCAUCUGACUUAUAUCAGCUAGAAGACAGAAAUCUGUCCCUAUAGGUACAUUGUAGCGUCUGCUGUAUACCAUGCAUGUUAAAUUGAAUUGAAAUCAAAAUUUUAUAAAAAAAAUGUGUGGGUGAAUAAUAUUUUCAGUUGUUGGAAUUUGAUUUCAGGUUUUCCCCCUUUUCUGUUUUAUCGAGCUAUAUUUCCCCCUUUCGAAAGCCACAGGUUGUUUUGAAAAUUGGAAAAAAAUCACUGGUGACUGUCUGAGACUGGUUUAUACAUGUUAUAGCUAUGAAUAAAAUAUAUUACAUACUUGUCAAAGCGUAUGGGAUCAUCGGAUUAUUAUUGUUACAUAUUAGAAAUAGUAAAGGUGCAUUUGACAUUAAAAAAGAAUGUUAUUUAAAAUA